GGCUAGCGGGCCAUUCGAGGGCCGGGAUUGGCCAGGUCUGGAGAUUCUGGGAAGGCAGGGCUGCUCCUGUCACGUGGUGUGCACUGUUUUCUCGUCACGUGGCUUCUGCAGCGCGGGCUGCAUGAACUGGGGGCGGGCGCUCGGCGUCCUACUCGGCGGAGGGGCCACGCUGCUCCUGUCGUUUCUUUGCAUGCCUGCACUACUGCCGGUGGCUUCCCGCCUUCUAUUGCUACCCCGAGCUCUGCUGUCCAUGGCUUCUGGAAGCCCUCCGUCCCAGCCGUCGCCGGCCUCGGGCUCCGGCUACGUUCCAGGAUCAGUCUCUGCAGCCUUUGUCACUUGUCCGAACGAAAAAGUCGCCAAGGAGAUUGCCAGGGCAGUGGUAGAGAAGCGCCUGGCAGCCUGCGUUAACCUCAUCCCGCAGAUCACAUCCAUCUAUGAAUGGAAAGGAAAGAUCGAGGAAGAUAGUGAGGUGCUGAUGAUGAUUAAAACACAAAGCUCCCUGGUCCCUGCUCUGACAGAGUUUGUCCGAUCUGUGCACCCUUAUGAAGUUGCCGAGGUGAUCGCACUGCCCGUGGAGCAAGGGAAUCCCCCGUAUCUGCACUGGGUGCACCAGGUCACGGAAUCAGUGUCAGGCUCUGGCAAGGCCCUACCAUGACAAGCCCUGUUCCCGCCACAGCUUCCUCUGCUCAAUGCUCUUGGGCUUCCACAUGAUGACUGAGCCCCUAAUAAAUCCUCUCCUGCUCUCGAG